AUGAUCACGACAUUAGAGCAUUUCGCCGUCGAAUUAUUCUGGGAAAUCUUUAGUUAUCUUCAAAUUCAUGAAAUCUUCGAGAGUUUUUUUCAGCUUAAUUCUCGAUUUGUUGCUAUGUUGAAUAAUCUCUCACAUAUUCCUGUUUUCUUGGGUUUCAAUGGAAUGAGUAGAGCAGUGAGCGAAUUUUAUUACAAAUAUUUGUCCGAAUCGAAGAUAUCCGGUGCUCUCGUAUCAUUAUGUGUGUCAAAUACAUUAGCUAUCGGCAAUGAUUUCUGGUUAGUUGAACACGUCUGUACAUUUCUCAAUCUUCGUCAUUUGUCUUUAAUCGAUAUUCAACGUUCUUCUUUUCAAUCAAUUCUUAAUUCAUUGUCAUCGAUUCAUUCUCUCAUUUUCUUCAAUAUAAAUUUUUCAAGUGAGAAUCGUGCUGCUUAUACGUUUCAUGAUGUCCCUGAAGGCGCUUUUCAUGAUCAAAUUUUUCAUUUAUUUCCCUUUUUACGUGAAUGCAAUCUAUUAUUUCGGCGAAAUGCAAAUCCUACUUUAGACCGUCAAUUCAUUCUGCCCCUUGGCAGUACUUUUCUGCCUGUUCAAAACAGUCUUAUAAAUUUACAAAAACUUACAAUCCGUUGCUCCUCAAGUUUUCUCUUACAUUUAUUUGAACGUCUUCCACAAUUGAAAGAACUCAUCUAUAUCCAAACUAAUCCAUGGCUACCUAGCAAUCAUCCACGACGACAUACUCUCCAUAAUCAAAUCAAACCCAUUAAUAAACAUCUGGCUCCGAAUCUCUGCCGCCUGAGAAUAGCAUGGUUUAAUACUAUAGUGAAUGUCAAUACAAUCAACGGAUUAUUUGAGCGUGAUGUUUUAUUUUCAUUAACAAAAUUUAGUUUAUCGGCAGAAGUCGAUGGUCCUAAUGUUCUUCAAGAUCUACAAUCUAAACUUUCCAAUCAAUGUUUAUAUUCAUUUGAUGUUAAAUGGCAUGUUAAGCAGAUAAUAUCACAAUCGGAAAGUGACCAGAUUUUCUCCAAUAUAUUUCAUCAGUUGAAAGGAUCAGCGCCAAUUCGACUACAGAUGUAUUUAUUAGGAUACCAUUAUUUUAUUAGAGCUUCAACAAUACCAGUACUGGAUACAGAUCUAUGUGUCUCUCUCUAUCUAGAUAAAAACACUGUACACAAACAAAGUCCAUGGUCAUAUAAUCAAUGUCUUCUUAACAAUCAAUUAAUACGUUGUAAUAAGAUUAUUAUGAAUAAAGAAAAUGGUCAAAUAAACGAAAAAUUUCUUUCUCUUUCACCACCAAUCGUACCUUGGCAUCAAAUAACAACACUUAGUAUUGCUGAACCAUUUCAUCGAAAUCAUCUUCAUGUUCUGUUUUCACAAGCGACCAGUUUACGUACUCUUGAACUACACUAUAGAGCAGUAUAUCAUUUUCACGUUCCUUGGGAAGAGGAAAGUUUAAUCAAUCUUCUGGACGAUAGUUUUCUGUGUAAUAUACUUAUGUCAAAUGGUUUACGACAACUGAAUCUUUUUAUUGUUUGGCAACAAUCCAAUUUGUUAGACAUUGCCUAUUCAAUUAUUGCACGAUUACCUCAUUUACAAAUUAUGGAAAUACAUGGUUAUAUUUAUGACGUCACUGAAAUGUCACAUAUACUUAUCAACGGUCUCGAGAAACUGACUUUUCUCACACUCAACGACAUAAUAAGAUGUGGUGAAGUCAAUGAGAAAGAAUUACGUGCUAAGCAGCGAAUUUUAAAUACUCGCUCUUUUCGAACGGAAGUUCCUAAAACGAUAGAUGAUGACACACUUUUCAUAUGGUUAUAA